AUGAGGAACUGCACUGAGGACUUCUUUCUCAGCAGCGAUGGCCAGUGCUGUCGCCGCUGUGAGGCAGGCAAAUAUAAGGAGAAAGAUUGUGGUCAUGGUGCAGAGACGCAGUGCAAAGAGUGUGAACGCGGACGCUUCAUGGCCACAGCUAAUCACAUGACCCAGUGCCGAGUCUGUAGAACGUGCAACAUCAACAUCAAACAGAGGAUGGUCCGUGAGUGUACUGCCCGGGAGGACACAGUGUGUGAGUGUGUGACUGGUUAUUACUGCACUGACUCCAGCUGUGACCACUGCCGCCCCGUGACGCGCUGCCCAGAGGGACAGGGGGUCCAGGCUUUAGCCUCACGGACAAAUGACACCCUCUGCUCUGUGUGUGAGAGCGGCUCCUUCAGCAGCGUGUGGGACGCCCACUCCACCUGCACACCCCACACCAGAUGUGACGACAUUGGGAGAGAGCUCCUAACUCCCGGAACAACCAAAUCUGAUGCUGUUUGUGGCCGCUUUAAAUCGUGUCCCUGGGAGCUGCCUGCAGGUCUGUGGGUGGCUCUGGUCCUGACCUCAGCUCUGAUCUUCACUGUGGCUCUGCUCUGCUGUAGGAGGAACCGCCGCCUUCAGAGACGAGGGAUUGUAAGUCCCCCAGAGGCUCGUGUGGCUGUGGUGCUGGCUGCAGACGAGGUCCCGCUUCCUCUGCCCUUUAAGGAGCUGAACGGACUCUACCCUGAACAGAUGUACACGCCCUCGUACUCCUGCGAUCUGCCCGCUUAUAAACCAGAUGAUUUGCACCUCAGCUGUGAUGGACUGGACCUGGAGGACUGCAGCGUUGCCAUCACUCCUCUCAAAGCCUCCAUCUCAUUUUUUGAUUCACCAAAUUUAAAUGGGACCAGCGGAAACUUCCAGAGGACCAUCUCUGAGCCGCAAGAGGACGAGUGGUGCAGCACGUGA